AUGCGAACAUCACGAGUUUCCCGAGACGCGUCCCGCGUUGUCGCAGCGAGUCGCACGCAACGAGCGUUACGUCAGACACGAAGCGCGACCAAUGCGCCAGCUCCAGUCAAACGCGAACCAGGUAGCGACGAGAAUGCUGGAUCAGAUUUAGACCUCAGCUCUGCGCCAGCGGACUCCGCCUCAGAUGGUGAGACGCGACGAAUGCCUAUGAAGAGGAAAAGAGGCCAGGAUAUGCCAAUCCUUGUAAAGAAGGAGGCAGAGGAGACAUCAAUCACUGCAAUCGCGUCCCCGAAGAAAGUCGCCAAGGUCAAGAAAGCGCGUCGUGCGCCUGCGAAGAAGAUCAAGACCAGCGAUGGAACUAUCACGAUGGAGCCACCUGCGAACUGGGAGGAGAUAUAUACUCUGACGAGAGAGAUGCGGAACGAGAACCUCGCACCGGUGGACACUAUGGGUUGCGAGAGCCUGGCGAAGGACAUCAGAUCGCCUCGCGAUCGACGGUUUCAGACGCUCAUAGCGUUGAUGCUGAGCAGCCAGACCAAAGACACCGUACUAGCGCCUGUCAUGCGCGGUAUGCAGGAGAGGAUGCCUGGGGGCUUCAAUCUCGAAUCGGUCCUCGCCUUAGAACCCCCCGAACUGAACGCGUUCAUCAACAAAGUCGGCUUCCACAACCUCAAGACCAAGUACAUCAAGCAAACGGCCGAGAUAUUGAGAGACAAAUUCGACGGCGAAAUUCCAGAUACUAUCGAAGGGCUGGUGUCACUACCGGGUGUCGGACCUAAGAUGGGGUACCUGACGAUGAGCGCAGCUUGGGGCAAAACAGAGGGCAUUGGUGUCGAUGUCCACGUCCACCGCAUCACCAACCUAUGGGGCUGGCACAAGACUCAGCAGCCAGAACAGACGCGUGCAGCGCUAGAGUCAUGGCUGCCAAAAGACAAGUGGCAUGACAUUAAUAACCUGCUCGUGGGCUUUGGGCAGACGAUAUGCCUGCCUGUGGGCAGGAAGUGUGGCGAUUGCAAGUUGGCGGAGAGAGGUCUCUGUCCUUCAGCAGUCGUAGCUAAGAGCACAAAAAUCAAGAAAGAAGCUGUUGUGAAACUAGAAGCGCCCAAUGGCAGCGAAGAGGCGAUGGUGAAAGAAGAGAAGGUGGUGGCUGAAGUCGAUGAGAUCAAAGCAGAAGAUGUGGAAGCUGCGUCAGACAUAGAAGACAUUGGGCAGGCGCCACGAAGGAGGCCGCAGAGAAAGAAGUAUCUACUCACCGCAAUUCACUGCAUACCAGCUAAGGGCUGCCUGGUCAAGCACGGUCUUUGGUCCCUGGCGACCUCAUCCGUGGUACUCAAAUACGCUCCCCCACGUCUACAUAAGAAUUCGCGAUUGGCCCACCCCUCAACCACACUUGCGAAGAGAAAUUCCACCGAUCUCACUUCCGCAGACGCAGACCCACAACGCCGCUGCACCUACACCACAGCAGCUAACUACCACAAGGCUCAACGAUCAGCGUCCACUACCACGCCAUCCACCCGUGUGGGAGCCAGCACCAUGCCAUCUCGACCAGAAUACGAGGCGCCUACUCGGAGUCAGUCACGACGUGAGGGCCGUUGCGCUGCAUCCGAAUCAACAGAAUCCGAUCCUGCAUACGUCCCCAUUCUCCAACGCGCCUUUCCGCGCGUCGCGAUUCUACUGACAUGCGCCAUCUACCUCGCAUCAUCAUUCGCAGCUGUCUACGUCGGAUUCCACGGCAUCGCGAACACCAUACACCCUCGAGAUAAACAAGCGGUAGACGAGUAUUUGGUGCUUUCAACAUCCAAGUUCACAGAAGAUGCACUGUACAAGAAUUUGGAUUCGCUACUUUCUAGCCAACUAAACCGCGGCUUCAUGGAGACCCAUGAAGACUGUCUUGUCCGCGGUCUAAAGGAGGCCAACUACGAACUCUACGGCCUCGGCUUUCAGUACCCCGACAUGCGCACGCAGGUCAUGGACUGGACAAUGGAGAACUGUGGUAGACUGCAGUACACGCCACAAGUGGUGAUACAGGAUCCAACCACACAGCAGGCUGUGCUGACAUUCUGGGCGGAUGCCAGCUAUCGCUCUCGCCAUAUACUUGAGGGAGCUCUGGGUGCCGUGCAGCAGCAGGCUCGUCGUUUCUGGAACCGACUUUCCAGCGCGUUCACGCAUAAGAAACCAUCUCCCAUCACCGAAAACGUUCCUGUUAGCGCCAACACUGGCGGAACGCUUCCUCCGAGUCGAGCCCUGCCCAAAGUACCGUUCGGCUUCGCUCUGCGCUGCGAGUCCGCCGAGCCAUGCCGCCUAGUCUACCCAUCCGGUUCUUCUAAGCGUGCAAAUAAAGUCAGCGUCUCACGCGAGGUCCUCGCGAAGCUCAAACGCGAGAUCAAAGAAAUGCGGGACGCCAGCCGCAAGGUCAAAAAAGCUAAAUGGGCUGCGGAGCGGGUUGUGAUCUUUUUCGACUACAUCCACGCCUCUAUCUUGGUGGUCAUGUUUGCGAUCAUCUUCAGUGUGGCACCAUUCGUCAUACCCAAGGCCCUUCGCCCUCCUCCCCCUUCCCGCAAGACGGAACAGAUCAAAAUCAUGCCCGCAUCCCUGCAUUUUUGUUUUGUAGGGAGACUGAUACAAGAGCUGUUGUUUGAUUAUCCAAUACAGCUCCCGUAUGGCGCCCGGUGGGUAACGCCCUUCCAGCUCUACUUCCUGUUCGUUGGUAACACGAUGCUUCUUCAAUUCUUCAUCAUUAGCGGACCGCGGUUCGAGAAUAUCAACCUCGUAUACAAGCAGAUCAAAGAGCUCUACUUCAUCGCCCGAGGGUGGGAGGUACCUGACGGAGCGAUGGACAGCAUGUUGACUUGGUACGGAAUUCACAUUCAGCCGGCGGACCCCAAGCCCAAGCCUACGGAGGUUCCUCGCGGAACGAUGGAUAAUAUACUCGCUUGGAACGGAAUUCGCUUUGAAGCGGUGGACUCCAAAUUCAAGCUUCCGGAGGUACCUAGCGGAGUGAUUGACAAAAUGUUCUAUCAGUGCGGAAUUCAAUUUCAAUACGCGGACCCCAAACCCAAGCCGACGGAGGAACCGGCCACGGUCAAAGUAACCAUGUCUUCCCCAUCUGAUAACCGCCAACAGCACAGGCAGUCGCACCCAUCGCACCAGGGUCUGGCCGCUCCGACCACUUUCCUCCAAGCAGGUCCCGUGGCGCACUUCAAGAAGGUCCAAGAAGGUCCCGAGGUGCACUUCAAGAAGGUCCAAGAAGCGUCAAAAUCUCAGCCGGCCGAGUAUAUCGAUUUUCCCGAUAUCGGAUCCCUCGUCGAUACUGACAGCGAGACCGAGUCUGAGGACGAGCAUGGUAGCUUCGUCGACCUGGCCUGUGGCGUUACGCCUCAAGUCAGCGAUGCAGAAUCUGGCUGGUCUAUUGUGGAUGCUUAG